AUCGAAGGCCCAGAAACUGUCCCACUGUUGAAACCGCAAGUCAACGUCUCUCCCAGUGUCCUAACAGAGCAAAGGAAUCACAGGAUCCUGUAUCUUUGGAACUGAAACAGUGGAUCUUUGAUUGCACAGAGACCUCAACAAUGAAACAAGAGACCAUGAGUUUGGUGCUUGUGAAUCUUGCGGCGAUUAUGGAGCGAGCCGAUGAGUCACUGCUGCCCGGUGUGUAUAAAGAAGUGGGUGCUGCUCUACAUACAGAUCCCACUGGGCUGGGUUCGCUUACUCUCUUUAGAUCUAUAGUUCAAUCUUCUUGCUAUCCAUUAGCAGCUUACCUUGCUUCCCGUCACAAUCGUGCCCAUGUUAUUGCCCUCGGUACUUUUCUUUGGGCUGCUGCCACCUUCCUCGUCGCCAUAUCCUCCACCUUCUUUCAGGUGGCAGUUUCAAGAGGGCUGAAUGGAAUUGGACUUGCCAUAGUCAUACCUGCUAUUCAGUCCCUUGUAGCUGAUUCCACUGAAGAAACCAAUCGUGGUAUGGCAUUUGGAUGGCUGCAGCUAGCAGGAAAUCUUGGCUCCAUCCUCGGAGGGCUCUGUUCUGUACUCUUAGCCUCCACAUCAUUCAUGGGGAUUCCUGGUUGGCGAGUUGCUUUCAUUUUGGUUGGCAUAGUAAGUGUAGUAGUUGGUACUCUGGUCUGGCUCUUUGCCAUUGACCCUCGCUUUUCUGCUACUGAUAAUAAAUCCAGGGACCAAAACUCUGAGACCUUUGUUUCAGAACUUAAGGACCUGAUAAGAGAAGCAAACUUGGUAAUGAAGUUACCAUCUUUCCAGAUACUUGUGGCUCAAGGUGUCUCUGGAUCAAUUCCUUGGUCAGCUUUAUCAUUUACUCCUAUGUGGUUAGAACUUAUUGGAUUCUCCCAUGAAAAGACAGCAUUCCUUAUGACUCUUUUUGUGAUUGCCUGUUCCCUUGGUGGUCUAUUUGGAGGAAUGAUGGGGGACAUCCUUGCUAAAUGCUUCCCCAAUUCUGGGAGGAUAAUCCUGUCACAGAUAAGCUCUGGUUCCGCUGUUCCUUUAGCAGCAGUUUUGCUUCUGGUAUUGCCAGAUGAUCCUUCCACAACAUUUACUCAUGGUCUGUUCUUGUUCAUCAUGGGCCUGUGCAUAUCCUGGAAUGGUCCAGCAACAAACAAUCCAAUUUUUGCAGAGAUAGUGCCUGAGAAAUCUCGAACAAGCAUCUAUGCUUUGGAUCGAUCAUUCGAAUCGAUACUCUCUUCAUUUGCACCUCCAGUAGUUGGGAUUUUGGCUCAGCAUGUUUAUGGUUAUAAAAUUCCCAGAACAUCAUCAGACAGAAUGAAAGUUGAAAGAGAUAGAGAAAAUGCAGCAUCUCUUGCCAAGGCACUGUACACAGCAAUUGGCAUUCCAAUGGCUUUGUGUUGCUCCAUCUAUUCCUUCCUCUACUGCACGUACCCGAGAGACCGAGAGCGUGCAAGGAUGAGUGCUUUGAUAGAAUCAGAGAUGCAACAACUAGAGACAGAUGAGUCUCCUUCAAGAGAAGAAUACUCACAACUGCAAGUUUCAGAAUCAAAAGGGCUGAAUCUGAAUAGUGAGAAAAGAAGUAACAUUGGGUUGGAGUAUGGGAUGGAUGAGUCCAUUGAUUUGGAUGAUAGUGAUGAGAAGGCUUUACUUGAUCAUCAGCUAACAUUCUCUAGAUUAGGAGACUGAUGAACCCGCCAUGCAGAAGCUGGUUACUGUCUAUUGUUUUUCUCUAUACACUCCCAGAAUGCUUACCAUAUAUAAAAUUUUUCUAAGCAGAAUUAUAUCUUAUGAUUUAUUCACGAAA